AUGGAGAGCACCCAAGGCUUGAUUAACUCACUGACAUCUCAAGCACUCCUGGUGAUGGCCACCUCUGCAGAAGGCGCACUCGGGAUGGCACAGCAGCCACCACACUAUACAGUAUCGAUGGGUAUGGACAAACCCCCGCAGAUGACUUAUCUGAGCCCGGCAUACCCGCUACUAUACCCACCACAAGAACAUUUAAAUUCUGCCUGUGCCCCUCAGCUUCUUUCUCUUUCUCAUCAAUACGGACACCCACGUCUAGACCGCGGAAGUGUAGGGGUUUUGGGAUACAGUGCUCUGCACCCCUUUGCUGCUUUUCGCCUUCCUGAAAGUAUGGAAAGACUUCAAGCUGGGUUUCUAAACCCUAAAAGGCUGAAGGGAGACACAGAGUCUCCACAGAUACAUUACCUUCCAAUGGAGACAGGACUGGAAACUUCUCAUAUAUCAGGACCAGUGAUGCCACCAACAUCUCACAGGAGCUCCCCAAAACCAAGGACAAGUUCUCACAAGAGAGAUAAAAAGAGUCCCCUAUCAUUACCUCUGUUGUGUCCUCUGUGUCAUAAACAUCUCCAGAAAGAGGAGCUCUCACAUCAUCUACAACAUGAAAUGGAACAUCUGGCUCAUCUCUCUGACAGUGAACUUGACAGCACGCCUGAAUCAUCCAACAAUUUCACACAGUCUCCACAACAAGGACAAGACACUCGCAGUGACUCACCAUUAAUUAUCUCAGAAGAUGGACAGAAGCUGGACAGGCAACAGGUUUUUCAGCAGAUCAGGUGGAACAGAGAAGAGCGCUUGGGAGCAAGGGCUGGGAGGUGUAAGAGAGCUCGGCUGAAUGUUGAGGAGAAACCUACAGCCAACAACUGCGAUGCCACAGAGGAAAACCGCUGGGAUGAUGAGAUUCGGAGCCCUGAGAAAGUAUCUUCCCAUGGAACAGGUUGUAGGGGAUCUCCAGGAAUUUGCUUCCCCAGUCACAGCGAAGACUCUGACAGCGAGGAGACUACAGUUUCUUCCCAUACAAAUCAGGAGAGUUUGGAAGCUCUUCGAGAGAAGAUCCAGGAGCUGACUGAGAAACUGAAAAACACCCACACCUGUCACAUUUGCCUGGAUGCCUACACUGUCCCUGUUGCUUCUAUUCAAUGUUGGCACAUUCACUGUGAGGCCUGCUGGUUGAGAGCACUGGGAUCUAAGAAGCUUUGUCCUCAGUGUAAUACAAUCACAUCCCCUAGUGACCUCCGUCGAGUUUACCUGUGA